GAGGAGGAGGCGAUGAACACGCGGAUGACCAUCCUCUCGCCGCGCCGGGACUGACCGUCGGCCCCCCGGAGGCUCCGGGCUGGCGCGGACGCAAAGGCAGAACUCGGCUGAGAGCCUCCGCCACCGCCACUGCCACCGCCGGGCACAGCGCUCCGGUCUGGGAAGAUCGCAGGGAUCCGGAACCCUCCCGCCCGGUCUGCAGAUAAAAGCUGAGAGCUUCCCAACCGCCGGCCAAGUUCUGGAAGCUAAGAAGUCAAGAUCAAGAUGGCAGCAGAUCUGGUGUCUGGUGAGAACCCACUUCCUGGCUUGCAGAGAUCACUUCAGACUGCAGAGAAUAUACAGAGGGGAAAAAGUGUAUUUUCUGGUCCCUCCUGUGAAUUGUGGACCACAGAUACAGAGAGAAAACAAAUUGCACAUACAUGAAUAUUAUCCCCGGGAUCUGAAGACUCUAAAAAAUGCUCUUCAGGAUUGCCAUGGAUUUUUCUGAAGAAAAGAAUCUGUGAAAUUAUGUGAAUAGAGGCCAUUUUUCAAAGCCAUGGGGGAAAGAGAAAGAAGUCCAGGUACUGGUAAAGAAAGUAAGGCAGGCAGACAUUAUUACUCUUACUGUUCAUCUGAUUUUGGAGCUACACCACAGUCUUCUGGCCGGUCAUCGCUGGUCCAUCCAUCCUCACCGGCAAGUAUUAAGGGAAAAAAUCCUAAAAAACAAAUUUCAGACAGCCAAAUGCGUCAUCAAGUCCCUAGGAAACCAAGCCCUAAGGGUCCACCAAACAGAAGGGGAGUCCCAGCGGGAUUUCACUCCCGGGGCCUCAAUAGGGAGCCACUUCGGAAAGAUACUGAUCUUGUUACAAAACGGGUUCUUUCUGCAAGACUGCUAAAAAUCAAUGAAUUGCAGAAUGAAGUAACUGAACUCCAGGUCAAGUUAGCUGAGCUGCUAAAAGAAAAUAAGGCUUUGAAAAGGCUUCAGUAUCGGCAGGAGAAAGCCCUGAAUAAGUUUGAAGAUACAGAAAAUGAAAUCUCACAACUUAUUGCUCGUCAUAACAAUGAGAUUACAGCACUCAAAGAACGCUUAAGAAAAUCUCGAGAGAAAGAACGGGCAACUGAGAAAAGGGUGAAAGAUACAGAAGGUGAACUAUUUAGGACAAAACUUUCCUUACAGAAACUGAAAAAGAUCUCUGAAGCUAGACACCUACCUGAACGAGAUGACUUAGCAAAGAAACUCGUUUCAGCAGAGUUAAAAUUAGAUGACACCGAGAGAAGAAUUAAGGAACUAUCAAGAAACCUUGAGCUAAGUACUAACAGUUUCCAGCGACAGUUGCUUGCUGAAAGGAAAAGGGCAUAUGAGGCUCAUGAUGAAAAUAAAAUUCUUCAAAAUGAGCUACAACAACUACAUCACAAAUUAAAGGAAAAGGAGAGAGAACUGGACUUAAAAAACAUAUAUUCUAAUCGUCUGCCAAAGUCUUCUCCAAAGAAAGAAAAAGAAAUUACAUCAAAAAAAAAUGCUGCAUGCCAGAGUGAUUUUACAAACCAGUGUACAAAAGAAGUACAAACCAGUGAAGACUUCGAGCUGGAGGAAUAUCCUAUAACACCACAAACAGUUAUGUGUUAUGAAAACAAAUGGAAAGAACCUGAACGUCUUUCUUUGCAUCUGGAAUCUCAAGAGAGAGGUGAUCAUGAAGAAGCAGGGAUUCUAAACCCAAUUGUGGAAAGAGAAGACAAAUUUGUUAAAGAUCAAGGACUCCAUGCUGUGAAACAGGAGGCUGAGAAGCUGGAGGAUGAGCGGGAAAGAGAAGAACUUGCUAAAAAGCAAAAGGAAAAGACAUCUUUGUUGGAGAGAGAAGAAAAGCCAGUGUUGGAAACUGGAAGAUACCGAAUGGAAACGUACCAAAUUCAAAAUACUGACAAAUUGGAAGAAGAGGAAGAAGAAAGGCUAAAGAGAGAAAUGCUACUUGCUAAACUGAAUGAAAUCAGCAGAGAACUCCAAGGUUCUCGGAAUCUAAAAUAUCCUUCUCUGCCAUUGCUUCGUGAUUUGGAAUCAAAACUGCGCUCCCCAGAGAGAAACCCCAAAACACACACAUUCUUUGAAUCCUCGGAGAGAUUAUUUAAUGGGCAUCAUUUGCAAGACAUCAGGCUUUUCAGUACAAAAGGCGAUGGUCAGAAUCCGGGCAGUAUCAGAAAACCAGCCUCGCCAGAUGGGCUUGCAUUUGGUAGCUAUGUGCCUUCAUUUGCGAAAACGUUAGGCAAGUCAAGUCCAGUUAGCCACAAGAGUAGCCUUUUGGAUUUCCAAAGAAACAAUAUAGAGAAAUUUAGUAAAGACAGUGGCGAUUUAAUUACAAGAAAAGAGAAAAAAGCUAAUCUGAUGGAACAGCUAUUUGGUGCCAGUGGUGGCAGCAGCAUUUCCUCUAAAAGCAGUGACCCACAUUCUCUGGCUGCCACCAAUGGAGACUUUGACCCUCUAAAUUUUCUCCCUGGGGAUAAAAGCAGCAGGGGUAGGGAAUAUGAUAAUGACAAUGACUUUUUCUUCAGCGAAGGAAGAAGUUUUAAUCCAAAUAGACACCAAUUAAAACAUGCAAACAAUAAACCAGCAGUAAAAGGUGAUUCUGUAGAAGAUGAAAUUGAAGAAGUAGCACUGAGAUGACUGACUAGAGUAUAUAUUUUUUCCAAUUGUAAAUAUUAAAAUGUUUUAAUACAGUAUUUAUUAUAAACAGAGUUUUUAAUAAAUAUUAAGACGUCCUUAUUAAGCAAUAGUUUUUAAAGUAUAAAUACAGCGGAAAUAAAAAGUAGAUCAUAUCACACCGCAUAGCUAGUGUGCCAAGAAUGAAGCAUGCUCUUUUGACUGAAACCGAAAAUAGAGAUGCAUCUUACUUUCUUUUUACAAAUAGGUUUUACCUCUGAAUCAGCUCAGUGGGGAGUUUUACUCCAUUGGCGUACGUAUUCAUUUUCUAUUUUAUCCCUAUUUAUUUAUUUAUUUUAUUUUUGGCCCUAUCCUCUCUGAGCUAAAUACAGUCUUCCUGCUGAUUGUCGAAUGGAAAUGAAGAGUGAGAGGCUCUGUUGGGAAGUGUGGCAAGGCUGAGGGUACUCUUAAGUGGAACAGUGACAACAUGGGGACUUCCCAUUCCUCUGGAAGCAACCACAGUUAAAUGCUACUCAUUUCCCAAUUACAGAGUCUCGUUAAAUCACUUACCUACAACUGUGCUAAUACAUUAGGUUGGAUUCAGAAGAUGUUUGUUUGGGUGGACAGUUCCCUGUCAUGGCUCCCAGAGGCUUGGGUACAGUGUAACCAGUAAUUCGUCUUCUUGAUCUCCUACGCUUUUUAUAUCUCAGUGACUAGAUGUGAGAGUUCAUACCAAAUACACGGAAUAGAAGAAAUUUCAUCCCAAAAUAGCAAGAUUUUCAACUCAAUUAUGUUUCCAGAGUAACAUAACUAGGAAAUUUUAAUACGUACUUUUAAGAUUUGAACUUACUGUCAAACCAAAGAGACAACGAUAGUGUGAUACUAUUGGACUUACAGGGCUAAUUUUAAAGCAACCUUGGUAAAAAUUGUUUAAGAGAUGGGGCUCCUGCCUUGCGGAGUAGGGUGGUUGAUUUUCUGUUGAAAAGUGUUUGGUCUUUUGCUGUUUGUAGCUCACUUCAGCUGCAAAGGAGCUGAUGACCUUGGGUUAUGCUGGGCAUGAUUGGUCUUUAAGAAGCAGUAAUACACCACCAAGCAAGGAGAAAACACAGUUCAGAUGAAGAGUGGUGGAAAUAGUGCGUCAGGGGAAGAAUAAAUAAUGUUGAUUGGCACUAAUUCUAAAGUGAACUGUUGUUUUCAAGAAUUUACAUAUUUGCUCAUAGUACUAUUUCUCAUGCCAAGCAUACAUACUGAUGAGGGGACUAGAGUUACUGUUUUAUCUUGAGUUCUUAUAAAUGCUUAUUAUUGAAUAUAAUUUCAUAAUUCUUUGACAACACUGACCUGGUUAGGUCUCUAAUUAAAAGAUGUUACCACCUAGCAUCUUCUAAAUUGUGUUCCUGUCUGGGAACUGAAUCUCUCAAAAGUGCUAAAGUAUAUUAAAAAUUUUUUAAUAAAGAGUUUUCUAUGACUGAUAUAAAUAAGCAUUUAGUAUAUUGUAAAUCAUUCUAAUAUAUGUAAACCACAAUAUUAUUGUAGUGCAGUUCUUGAUAAAAUAUUAUUAUGUAAUGUUAAUUUUGUUCAUAGCUGCUAACUUUUCAGCCAAAAGUAUUCUAAUUUUUAGGGUUUUUUUUGUUCUAAAGGCUUUUGUAAAAAGUCCUUUAGUAAAGUUUUAUAUUCAGGUCAUUUUAGUUAGUCUCUUGCUUUUUUCUACCUGAUGUUUUCUAGUCUUUUUAACCAGAUGCAAUAAGGCAGAAUUAUUAAAUUAAACCUAAAAUUAAGUUAUAGACUUAGCAUUAUAGUGUUAAGCAUUAAAAUUGGAGAUUAUACAGAACAAGUUUUUCUUUAUGAACAAACCUUAGUGAAUAACUUUCUUUUUCUAAAUGUCAAGUUAAAUUUAUUUGCACUCAGAACUCUUACUAAUAAAAAUGUAAAACACA